GCAGCGGAAGUGAUGGCUGGUCGCUAGCUUCCUUUAGCCGCGGCCGAUCUCCGGGGUCCCGGGGCUGUUUUUAAACCAAACAUGUCGAUGUGCUGCGUGUCGAGCUGCGUCAACCGACCGUGCCGCAAAAGCAAAAUAAGGUUCCACCGGAUCCCGUCCGGGAACUUGCCGUCUCAGGCCAACAGGAGGAAGCUGUGGCUGCACGCGAUUCAACAAGCUAACAACAGCAGCGAGAGACUGAGCGGAAGUGCUCGUGUCUGUGGCGCUCAUUUUAUAUCAGGGGAGAUGUCACUGGACCACGACAAUGUCGACUUUAUUCCCUCUGUGUUCCCAUGCAUCACACGGAGCCCAACGGAGAACGUGACAGGUUUUAUUCCCAGAAAAAGGGGGCGCCCUAAAAAAGAGGAAAGAGAAGAAGACAUGAAGACUCCAGGAGAUGAGCAGUCGCCUGUUCUGAUGGAAACCGAAAGUGAACUUUCACAAGAGUUGGAGGCACCGUACACCCGGUCAGUAGCAAAGGAAGCGGAAGCAUUGACUCAAAUGGCUGAGGCUGAAAAAGAAGCCAGCACAAUCACAUCUCAAACAACCUCCAGCCCAGACAAGACAUCCCCGUUAGUGCCAGCAGUCAGGAAUCCUGUCGUGGUCUUACAACCUCUAAUUUUACAAGCAGGUGGGUAUCAGUUCCAGCUGUGCAGCCGGGACCUCACCACUGUAUCUCAGCCUGUAGAAGACGAACAGCCGGAUGAAGAUGAUGAAGAAGAAGAAGAAGAGGAGGAGGAAGAAGAAGAAAAGUUCUGUUCCUGUAGUAUUUGUGGAGUGCAAUUCACAAAUCACACCGGUUUCACCCAGCACCGGUGUAUAAAACCCGAGGAGACCAGCUUCCCGUGCAACAUGUGCGACCGGUCUUUAACUUCAUAUCAUUGCCUCAAGCGGCAUAAACUGCUGCAUGUCAAAGACGGCAGGAAGUGCGGCAAGUGUGGCGUCCUGUUCUGUCGACGUCACAAUCACACCCCAUUCCGUCCUGCUACUGACUUUAAAGAAGCGUACUCCGGUGACGAGGUGCAAACGGCGGAGAGUAAUAUGAAGCCAGAAAACGGAGGGCAGCAGAAGUCUGACCUAAGCUGGACACCUGGCGCCAUGACUGUAAAACCUAGGAGGAAGAUUGUUAGAAUUGUGCCUAAACCUCCUCCUACUAUUAAUACUGUGCCUACACCUCCUCCUACUACUACUACAGCUGUGCCCACACCUUCUCAUAGUACUACUACUGGGCUUACAGCUCCUAUUACCGCUACCACUACUGUGCCCACACCUUCUCAUAGUACUACUACUGUGCUUACAGCUCCCAUUAUUAUUACUACUGUGCCCACACCUUCUCAUAGUACUUCUACAGUGACUACACCUCCCAUUAUUAUUACUACUGUGCCCACACCUUCUCAUAGUACUGCUACAGUGCCUACAGCUCCUAUAAUUACUACUACUACUACUACUACUACUACUACUACCGUCCUUCCACCUCCAAAACCUCAACCUUUACCCAAGACCCACAAGUUCAAACCCACAGCGCCGGGCAAAAGAGUCCGAGUAAAAACAAGCCGAGCACCUUCCUCUGCGUCCUGUCCCCCUCCACCAGUGCCCGGGUGCUCGAGCAACCCAGAUACCUCGGCUGCUCCUAAACUCCCAUCCUCACUUAGGAUGUUUUCACCUCAGUACCUCACGUCGGCAUUACUUCAGGUUACCAGAAAUUACGAGUAUAUCCUAAGCAAAUCAAAAGGGGACGUGAAGAUUAUUAAGGAGGAACCCAGUGAGCGGUCGAUCUCUCCAGUAGAGGAAAUCAUAGAGCAAAUCGUAGAGCCAGUCCCAAUCGGGAGAAUUGCUUAUGACCUGGAGAUUGUGGUCUGAUCGAAACCUAGUGGGGGAUAAGUUCUGUUUCUCACCUUGAGACACAGGCAUGAAUCUGUCCUGCACAUUGUUUUACUAAAGACUGUUUUGCAUCAUAAGGCCAAUAAGCUGUUUCUUUCAAACCCACUGGGGUUUGGCACCGACUACAACUAAAACAUAAGCUAACGUGGGCUUGUUGGGAAGUACCUACUGUUAUGGUCUACGUUGGCCACCUGUAUAUUUUGUAAUUGUUUUGUUCUCGUUUUAUACACAUCUGAAUGUACAACUUCACACUUUAAUACUUCCAUUCUUUGGCAUUUGUAGCCUUAACCUGGUUCAGAAUCUGAUACAUUUUAAUGUAAGUGACUGAACUUGUGCUGCUAUUUUUUUAUACAACAGAUUAGUUGAGAUUCUGUCACUUCUUAACCACUAGAGACGCAAGGCUCUGCUCUGUACUUUGUAAUAAACCCUUUAGUCUGAGUUAUAGACAGGCUUGAAACAAUGGUCAUUACAUGGGGCAACUGGAGGACGUUUUCUAACACAGUUUUUUGUUAUCAUAGAAAUGUUUAUAAAUUCCAGUAUUUGAGAGUUAAAAUCUUAAAAGUUGGAUGGUUGAGAUACUGAGUUAACAUGCUAAGUUAAUUAGCAAGACACUAGCUGCCUGACUGUUACAAGGCUGACGUUUAUUCCCUGACACUUCACAACAAUUCAAUAUUUUCAUUGACUGACCUUAGAGGCAUUAAAGCAGUUGUUAACUUACAAACUUGGUGGUAAUACUCUGGAAUUUGAGAUUACCUUCGGCAAUCAAUAACUUGUUUUAUCACAAGAAUUCACAAAAUUAUUCCUUCGUCUCAUGCAGCGUUGAAGUAUCGAGGCCAAAAUUUGGAAGUAAUUGAAAUUGCAAAUUAUAUUUUGUUUGCUUAACCUCACUUCCUUAAUUCACUAAAGUAGAUAAAUCAUGACUAACCUAACAUGUAGAUGUAUCUCAAUGCAUUCUAACUACAUGGUGUACAAACCAGGCUGAGUUUCUAUGGGACAAAGGAACAAUUUUGGAAGAAACAAACUGAAAUGUGUCUUAUCUGAAUGUUUAUGUCCAGAAAUAAAACAACCGUAUGUUAUUUUUGGGGGGUUUUGUUAUUGGAAGAAAUUUAGGGGGAAAUAGGUUUACUGGCAAAAUGUGUGUUUUUCAAGGUUUGUCCAGAUGGUGGCACUAGGAACAACACCUUGGUGCUGUUCUUGGCCAUGAUCUCCCUUGUAAAAUGCAAUGUAAUUAUUAAUCUCACCUUUGGUUGUGCUGGCUUAUUUUUCAGCCUCACCAAAAGGAGACUUAUUGCUGGCAUAACACAAAAUAACUUGCACGCCUACAGUAAAUACAAGAAAAGCUACAUUUACUCUCCCUGAUGGGUACAAGUACAUACAUGUAGUAUAUUUUACCUACUGUGCUGCUGUUUACAAAUGAUGAGCCGUGGCAGAUGAUAGUGAAAUUAAAAUAAUAGAUGAAAGACACAAGGCAGUGUCAUGUUCAGUCAGUGUUGCAGUUACUUUGCUGGAAAAUAAAUAUUUCAUGUUGUUCUAUUGUUGCUGUUUUUUAUAUUUCUGAUGUGAAUUUAUAAUAAACAAAUGUAUGCAAAGAAAAAA